GUGCGGAUUUAACCAACUCUGUUUUCAAAUCAGAAAAUACCUAGUCCAACUUAUAGAUUAAAUUAUUUAUUCUACACAUUAGUGUCGAGUUACUUCUAUAUUUAGUAUUAAUUUAAAUUGAUUAGUGCACUAAGGAAAAAGGAAUGGCUGAAGGCAAUGGCGAUAUGCACGAAGAUAUCGUUAAUUUACGAGUGGACGACCGUGGAGAUGGCGAAAGAACGGAGGACUACGUAAAACUAUUGGAAUAUGGGCUCGAUAGAAAGGUUGCUAGCAAACUGGAUGAUAUAUACAAGACAGGAAAACUAGCCCAUAAUGAAUUAGAUGAGAGAGCUUUAGAUGCACUCAAGGAAUUUCCUGUUGAUGGUGCCUUGAAUGUUUUAUCCCAGUUCCUUGAAUCUAAUUUAGAACAUGUAUCGAACAAAUCAGCUUACUUAUGCGGGGUAAUGAAAACAUACAGACAGAAAAGCAGAGCUUCCCAACAAGGUCUAAACCCUUCAACACAAAUUAUUCAAACAAAAGGACCUGAUGAACAAAAAAUUAAACAAAUAUUGGAACGCACUGGCUAUACCCUUGAUGUUACCACUGGACAAAGAAAAUAUGGUGGUCCACCACCUAACUGGAGUGGGCCCUCGCCUGGUAAUGGUUGUGAAGUGUUCUGUGGUAAAAUCCCAAAAGAUAUGUAUGAAGAUGAGCUAAUCCCUCUUUUUGAAAAAUGUGGUGCCGUAUGGGACUUAAGAUUAAUGAUGGAUCCAAUGACAGGGACUAAUCGAGGAUAUGCAUUUGUUACAUUUACAACAAGGGAUGCUGCAAGUAAUGCUGUUGAGCAACUGAAUGAUUUUGAAAUAAAAAAAGGCAAAAAGAUCGGUGUAACCAUAUCUUUUAAUAACCACAGACUCUUUGUCGGGAAUAUUCCCAAAAAUCGAGAUAGACUUGAAAUUUUUGACGAAUUCACUAAACAUGCACCUGGACUACUAGAAGUUAUAAUUUAUAGUUCUCCUGACGAUAAGAAAAAGAAUAGAGGAUUUUGCUUUCUUGAAUAUGAAUCACAUAAAGCAGCUUCGCUUGCGAAACGGCGUUUGGGUACCGGUAGAAUAAAGGUGUGGGGCUGUGACAUAAUUGUUGAUUGGGCCGAUCCACAAGAAGAACCGGAUGAAGGAACGAUGAGUAAAGUAAAAGUUUUGUAUGUGCGAAACCUGACGCAAGAUAUAAGUGAAGACAAAAUUAAGGAGCAAUUUGAACAACAUGGCAAAAUAGAGAGGGUAAAGAAAAUAAAAGAUUAUGCGUUUGUACAUUUUGAAGAUAGAAAUAGCGCACUUGAUGCCAUGAAAGAACUGGAUGGUAAAGAAAUUUGUGGAACAAGUAUAGAGGUAUCUCUGGCUAAGCCUCCAUCCGAUAAGAAGAAGAAAGAAGAAAUUUUAAGAGCACGCGAACGUAGAAUGAUGCAGCUAAUGCAAGUACGGCCAGGAAUUAUAAGCAUGGUUCAUAACCAUCCAGGACCUUUACCACAAAAUAUUCCAGCUAUUAGAAAUGUGAACACCGUACCUCGAUUGCAACUACGAGCUAAUCAAAUUCCACGAGGAGGUGAAUACGCAGGUAAAAGAAAGUUUGAUGGUUCUCAUCCAAACCAAAUUGAAGUAAAACGCCGUUUUCCAAACACAAUGUUAAGUCAGUGGGGAUGUCAACCUUUAUCACAACAACCAUUAGAUGCGAAUGGCGGGGAUCAAUGGUAUAGUGAUGCUUAUUCACCAUGGACAUAAAAAGACAGAGGAUUAUAUUUAUAAUGGAAUGAUACGCAUUAUUAUUCCUUUUUUUAGUAAAAUACUUCAUUAUUAUUAUUAUAAUUAUUAUUGUUUCAUUGUGCUAACUUGCAUUUUGUUAUGUUUGGAUAUUUUUUUUAAAGAGAUAAUAUUGAUUUUUAGUUAAAACUACUUUCAUUAUUGGACAUUGCUCAUAGUAAUUAAUUAUGCUUAAAGUAGAGAAUUUUGAAGUACAUAAAGAUUCAUAAAAAUACAGAUCAACAAUCUAAUAAUCGAAAAGUGGGAGAUGUAGCAACAUUAAAAAAAAGUUGCUCAUUCAUUUCAAUCGUUCAUGUAAUUAAGGUUCUAAAUUUAACCUUUAUAGUUCAUAUUUUAAUAAUUUUAACUACAUUGUAAAUUUCACGCUUUUUAGUAAACAUAUAUAAUUAAAUUAAAAUAGUAAUAAAAUACACACAACACUUUGGAGUUACAAAUAUCUUAAAGUGUAAAACAUUUAAAAAUUAGCUAUGUUCAUAAAUUAUUCACAAUCAGACAAAGAAUCAGAGACAUGUUAAAAGUUUUUUUUAAAUAUUGUUCCAUUUUUAAAAACAGUAAAAAGAAGUAAACAAUUUUUAUUACAAAAACAUCAAAACUUAAACUUUGGAAUUCUCAUAUGUUAAUAGAUUGGGGUACUAUCAACAUAUGACAUUCUCUAUUUUCUUUACAAACUGUAGAGAACAAAAUCAAAAGUACAUCAGAAAAAUCUUAUUAUUUUUCUGAAAUUAAUACAUGAAUCAAGAAGCGGUAAAACAAAAUUAAUAAAAUCUACAUAUAUUGAACUGAACUGUAAAAAAAUGAACUAAUUUUUUGAACUUAUUUAGGGUAGCUUAAAGUUUAUAAAAAAAUAAAUAAAUAAAUGUAACACUAAUCGAAUCAUUGGAAUGAUAUAUCCAUUCAAACUAAUUCAAAAAUUAUGAUAGUAAUUUUACCAAUAUUUUUGUUGUGUGUUAUCGAUAAAAUUGUUUAAAUACUUUUAUUAAUAUUAUUAAUGUAUGUAUAUGCAAUUCAUUUCAUUUGAAUUGAAAAAAAACUAUAAUUUCAGGAAUGUUG